AUGACUGUCGUAGUGGAUGGCGCGUGGGGCAUUGCGUGCAAAGGCUGCGACCGCCUCGUGGCCCGCCACUCGCAGCUGUCGUUCGUCCUCGAGAACGCCACGGCCGUGCACCUCACGCUGGACAAGACGCUGCUGUGCGACGGGCAGCUCGAAGCCCAGCCACAAGAAGCCGACGGCAGCUGGAGAGUGUACAGUCAGAAGGGCGUGUCGCCGCCACUCGAGUUCACGAAGAUCCGCACGACGAACGCGUUCAAGCGCGAGCGGUUGCCGUAUGAGUUGUGUUGCUUGACGUGCAACGCAAAAGUGGCGUCGGAGGGGUUCUUGGACGAACUACCGAAAGAGUCGAUGCUGUUGCUGGACUCGAGAGCAUGUACCUGUGUGCUGGACCAAUGCUUGCCGUACGGCAUGGCAGGGGGAAACAAGGCGAGAAAGUGGGGGGUGAUUUUGCGACAGCUGCAAGAGAUGCAUCUGCCGUUGAAGAUUCUACGCCUUCAGGAGCUUUUGCAGGUCGGAACGGGCGACAAGGUGCAAAAGGCUGACGUGCUACCGGUGAUUCGGCACACGGAAGCGUCUAUUCGGAGCCAAUUCACGCCAAAAGCAAAAAUGUCGAAGCUGCGGCGGUACCAAGUGGAGCUGACGCUCUCGGCUUUGCUUGAGAACACCAUUGUGUAUCUGCCUACUGGAUGUGGCAAGACUCUGGUGGCGAUCAAAGUGAUGGAAGAGAUGAAGCGCUUGAACCCGCACAAGUUGGUGGUCUUUUUUGUACCAACAGGGCCUCUAGUGUCGCAGCAAGCGGCGUAUACCCGGCGUGAGUCGAAUUUCACAGUCAAGGAGUUUUCAGGGCAGCAUGGGCAUACAGCAGCCGCAAUGAGCGCUUUUAUCAAAGCUGAUGAUGUUGUGGAUGCAGUGGUAGCAACGCCUCAGUACUUUUUAAAUUUGCUGUUCAACGGGCGCACGAAGAUCACGGAUUAUAGUAUGAUGGUGUUCGACGAAGCGCACCAUGCUACUGGAAACCACCCGUAUUGCGAGCUUCUGAAAGUACUGGCAACGGUGGACCUCCGGUUUCGGCCGCAUGUUCUUGCUCUCACAGCCUCGCCAUUUGGCGAAGCAGUGCGUGAUACGUCUGGGCAAGUCGCGUUGAGAAAGCUUGUAAAGGCGUUCAAUGCCGCCAUAAACUUUCCCACGAUUGCAGCGGAAGAUUUGGAAUCGAGCUUUAUUCCGAAAGAAGCGCAAUGGGUCACUGUGGAGGAAGGUGACUCCGAGCGAAAGCUCCGUGAAGGCAUUAAGCACUAUGUCGUGUCAUUCUAUCUGCAAAUUACCAGACUGGCAAACGGGCAAGUGAUGCCUUUCGAGUCCAACUACGACACCAACGACAUGGAAUUGUCGCAAUUUCUUGCCAAGCUUCGACUAUUACGAACGCAAGCAGAAAAGAAGGCACGGGAACAGUACGCACUGGAAAACAGCGCUUGUAGUGAGACGCCGGGGUUCGAAACAAGUACACGCCCACGGUCUGACUUGGAACUAAUUUUGAAACACCUGCAAAAAGUCGCGUCAAGCUUCUAUACCUUGAGUAUUCAUGGUGCGGCCACUGUUGCUGAACGAUUGCGCAGGAUAUUCGCUGAAUUGCAAGGUGCAGAUUCCAAGAAGGGAAGACGAACUUUCGCGCUGAUCGAACAAGCGUACUGCGCUACGAUGAGCCCCGCAUUGACCCACUUUCCAUUGGAUACAUUCACGGGAGCUGACAUUUCAAAUCGCGUGCAUCUUGUUGCAAAGUGUAUCGUGAAAGCCGAAUUCGACCACAGCUCCCGCGCAAUCGUAUUCGUUCGGCGCCGGAAAACCGCUAUUUUGCUGGCAAAAGCAAUGGAAGCCUUGGACGUGCUGCGUGAGCUCAAUCCUACACGCUUCGUCGGACACAAUUCGUAUGAAGGCAUGUCGUGGGAAGAGGAGCAACGACCAACGUUGGACCGCUUUAGACAGGGACGCAUCCGGCUUUUGGUAGCAACCAAUGUGCUCGAGGAAGGCCUUGACGUGCCUGAAUGUUCACUGGUGAUCCAAUUCGACGGAGUCAUUGGAAUUACGAGUCUCAUCCAAAGUCGGGGUCGAGCACGUCAUAAGAAUAGCACGUUUGUUAUCUUCUGCUCAGCGGUCGGAAUCGAACGCAAUCAGAAACUAGUUGAAAAUGAGAAAAGGCUGGUUUUGAUGGCAAAAGCGGAUGCGUCGAGGUUAGAGUCCAAGGCCAUUGUAGCCAAGUUGAUGGACUGUUACCAAGAGAAAGAAGCUGAUACGUUGGACCUUGCACAGGAAGAAGGAUCGACAAAAUUACCAGAACGAGCAACAUUCGAUGCGGUGGCUGAAAAAGUAUAUAACAUCGUUUUGGGUGGUGCUUUUAUCGAUGCCGACAAGCGAUUGCAAAUGUGCAUUCUGGAACGGGUCAGUGACUUCGCCUCCGUUCGAAUAGUGGAUGAGCGCAUUGGUUUGUGCACGCUAGCGGCCCCUCCAGACCAAGACAUCUACUCCUCGUACAAUACGCUGAGCUCCGGUGUAAAUUUCUUGAUUGAGCAACAAUCUUUCUGGAUGCGUUUUGAAAGUGAUGACAUCGAGAGUGCGGCAAGCGGAGUAUUUGCAGAAAACAUUGACAACGUUGGACUACAUCGUGGGUUAUUCACUCCUGCAGGUGCAUUCGUGGAAUUCGAAAGUUUUGGCAAUACGGGAAUACUAGAGAUGGCUGCAGAUGCGUUGACGAUAAAUUUUGGCUAUUGCCGCGUGGAUUUUGACAUGCGGGCACUCUGCGAGCCGCUCGUAUGGUUCGAUCUGACUUCCACAUCUACGCGCGUUGCUUGUGUGUACCUCGCUCUUCGAAUUCCUCCAUCGUUCUACGUCGAAGAUCAGCGUGACUGCAGGAGAUGCCAGUCGCACUCCCUCGUGUACUGCAUAACGUUGUCUCGAUCCGACUGUUUGAAGACCGACCUAUGGAACCUUCGCGUGUACUUUUCGAAAUUCGAGGUCGAGGUCCGAGAAACAAACAUCCCAGUGACAAAUGUGACAAAUGAGAAAAAGGCUAUUGCAUCGACCAGACUGCGCUUCAGCUUACGCGUGGCAUAUGCCUUGCAGUGCCUUCUCUCCGACUGCAGCUAUUUUACGAAUGGAAUCUUUCCUCCGGAAUUUUAUGACCUUCUUACGGAUCUCGACGACGACGUUCAGGAAAAAGCGCUUCUUUCGUUCCGUCCACGCCCGAGUCGUAUCAGUAUAACUGACCAGUUUUUGCGUUUUCUCCAAAACGAGCGCGCUGUGCUAGUAGGACUCUGUACCAGCUUAUCGUUGCAGCCAGGCCCUGUGGUUUACAAAGUGAUCGUAACGCCUUCACGCAUCGUAUAUUGCCACCCGGAGCCAGCUCCAAGCAAUCGUGUGUUCCGUCAUUGGGGGGCGGAGAAUUUCAUGUACGUGUAUUUCCGCGAUGACAACAUGGAGCGGAUGGACUACACAUCUGUGAUGAUUGUAAAACGCAUUCGGAAUGUCUUGAAAAACGGGAUUGAGAUUCCACACAUGAAAGCUGUAAAGUUUCGAUUCCUCGGAUGCUCACUAAGUCAAGUGCGCAACAGCAGUGCGAUCUUCACUUUGUUGGAUCACCACGAAAUCAGGUCAUGGAUUGGAGACCUCUCAUCUUUGAAGUCGCCGGCAAAGUAUUUGAAGCGUCUCGGCCAAGCCUUCUCAUCCACGAAAGAGGCGUUUAGCGUCAAUCAGAGUGUACUUGAUAAUCCAAUAGAUGAUAUCAAGAAUGACAAGCACAUAUUCACGGAUGGGUGCGGCGAGAUCACUCUGCUUGGGGCGGAAAACAUUGUGAAGGAGCUCCGUUUGUCCUGUACACCUUCAGCUUUCCAAAUUCGUCUUGGAGGUGCCAAAGGGGUUUUGGUGGUAUCCGACCUCGGCAAAGCAAACCCCGACCAAGGUGAAUGCAUUGUGCUUCGUGAAAGCAUGUCGAAAUUCACAUCCUUCCACACCAUGCUCGAAAUUGUCGCAUGCUCCGGUAAAUCAGAGGCGAACUUGACCCGCCAGAGUGUGCUGAUCCUGAACGAUCUCGGAAUAAGCGAAGACGUGUUCAUGGAGCUGCAAGAUGAGUUUUUGAGCGACCUCAGCUCGCUCAUCGCUUCCGACGAGGGCGCAUACUUUGAGUUGAAGGCUGUGCUGCCAUCAUCAAUUAUAUGGCAAAUCGACGUUCUUGUCCGUAGACUUGGGGUGAAGGUUCUGGCUGACGAAUUUCUUUCUUCGCUGGCAAGAACAAUCUACCAUUAUCGGUUGGCAAACACGGUCAUGCGUGCCAGAAUUCCAAUCGCAGAGGGACGCACAUUGAUGGGCGUGGCGGACUUCACCGGGACGCUGAAAUAUGGAGAAGUUUUCGUGCAGUAUUCGGUGACUGACGACGAAACAGGAGCGGAUAAUUAUGUGGCUCUGGAUGGUGUCGACGUUGUUGUUCAUCGAAGCCCUUGCCACCACCCCGGCGAUAUUCGUGUCCUUUAUUGCAGGACAGACGUGCCUCCACAACUGCGCCAGCUCAAAGACUGCAUUGUGUUUCCGUGCGAAGGGCCACGACCGCAUCCUGACGAAUGCACAGGCGGGGAUUUGGAUGGAGACACAUUUGUCGUAAUAUGGGACGAGCGGUUGAUUCCGUGUCGAACCAAAAUUCACGAGCCCAUGACCUUCGACGAAGAUAACGGAGGAGACACGAGUCCCCGGGGCGAUCGAUAUCACCAGUCGACGGACGAUGACGGGCUGGUCGACUUUUACGUUCACUCGAUCCAGGAUGAUAUUCUUGGAGUCGCCUCGAAUGCCCAUCUCGCGCUGUGCGACUCGGUUGAUGAAGGAAGCUUUGACGAAAACGCGAAGAUAUUGGCACGUGUUUGCUCAAAGCAAGUCGACAGUCUUCGUGCUGAGAAAGACCUGGAAAUUGUGCGGGAGCUUGCACCAACAAGCUAUCCGGACUUUAUGCAAAAUAAGGAAAAGCCCUCGUACCCGUCGAGGAAAAUUCUGGGCAAGAUGUAUCGCCGUUGUAAGGCCAUUUUCGACAGCACAACGACGACGGGUGCUAGCCAAAUGCCGUUGCGUGACGAUCACUUUCUCACAACGGGCUACAUGGACUAUCUCGCUCAGGCGAGAGUCCUCUACCGCCAGUACAAGUUACGUGUCCAUGCUCUAUUGCUCAUGUCAGGAGCGCAAACCGAGGCAGAGCUCGCUACCGGCAUGAUCGUGGAGCCGCGAAGUGAGUACAAAGCCGACUAUUUCCGCUAUGGAGAACAGUGCAAGGAUGCAUUUUACGCUCUACAAGCUUCAUUCCGAGCCCAGUUUGAUCACGACAUCUCCACCUUCGAAAAGGGCGAAGAGCUCAAAUUCGCUGCCGCAUGCUACUUCGUUGCUCAUGACGAUUCUGACGCAUUGUCGCGCUGUUUGAGUUUUCCGUGGAUCGUGAUCGAUCUACUAGUGACAGUCAAAACGAGCAAUACUGGCAACACACAUUUCAAGCUGUGGACUCCAGUUCGUUUGUCCAUAUACGCCAAAACGAUUCCGAAGUUGCAAUUGUGCAUUUUGGCCGAAAUCGCGACGAACACUGAAGAGCUGCUGGCGGACUUAUUUGAUCGACUGGUUGCAGUGUCUUCGUUGCGCUCUGAGAUGCCUAGCAACGUGCAGAAAAAAGAGCUAGAUCUCAUCCUGUUCGGUUCCUCUGGACUGCUCACGUUUGAGAAACAGUCUGAUUUGGAUGUGAUGGUUUGCUGUUCAUCCAAUCGUGGCUCGUUGCAGGCCAUUGCUCAGGCUUUAGAGGGCUCGCACGACAACAUUGUUCUCAAAGAUGAUAUUCGCGUUCCUCUUCUAUCGUUUUCUUUUCAGCAAUGGUCCGUCGAGAUGUGCAAGCUUUCGAAUGGGCCUGUGAAAACUCGCUUGUUCCGCACGUACAUGGAGAGGUACAACUUUUUUUGGCCGUGUGUUUACUUUUUGGUACGAUGGGGGAAAUGUGUCGGGCUCAUUCGACGACGCUCAGGUGGAGGCUUGAACAUGUUUUCGCCCACAGGCUUUAUUUGGCUGUUUUUGCGGUUCUGCACCGAACAGAAUUUCGUCCAGCCGAUCAGUAUUGGGCCCAUUACCGUGAAAGAGAUCUUGAAGGACAACGACAUCGAUUCGGAAAUUACGUUCUGGACUGAAUUGCUUACUGGCUUAGUCUCAGGAACGAAUGACACAUCCGCACUUUCAGCAGCUGAUGUUCUCCUUGCAUUCUUCGACUUUUACGCGAAAUUGUCCACUCCGACUUGUGACUAUGCGUUUACAGACCCACUGGAUGAAGAGAACAACACGGAGUUGGAUCCAGAAGCAAUCUCGUUGUUUCGGUCGGAGUGCCACAUCGCACUUCAUCAGUUGGUGAUCGCACAAGGUGACAUCAAGUAUCUGCUGACGCACCGCGAGGAGCAGACAAGUCGAAUCACGCUCAGUCACGCGCUCAGCACACGUAUCCACGAGGCCAAGGACUUUUUUCUCGAAAGAUUUUGUUCGAAACAAAAGCAGACAGCUCCACGCGUCUGA